GGAUGAACCGAUCGUGUGUACACGGCAUAACAGUCCUUCCACAGAUUUUCAGUGGGGUUUAAGUCUGAGCUCUGACUGGGCCUUUUUCUUUUAACCACGGUGUGGUCAUUUUUACAGUGUGCUUUAGGUCCUUGUCAUGUUGGAAGGUAAUCCACCUCCAUGCUUUACUGUAGGAAUUAUGUUAUUUAGAUGGUGAGCUGUAUUGGAUUUUUGCCAGAUGUAUUGUUUGGCUUUGAGGCCAAAUACAAUUUUAGUCUUGACUAGCCAAAACAGGAGGAGAAAAAAGGCACGUGGUCUGAUGCAUGGAUCCUUUUAAAACGUCUAUUUAAUCAAAACAAAAGGGUAUAUACAGAAAAUACAAAAAAAUGCUACUUAUUCGUAAGAGUGGGUGAGUUACAAUACAAGUACCCCUUAUUGAACAGUGUUAAAUAUAGAAUGGUGCCCAUAUACGGGAUUAAUGUUGAAUGAAACCCUUUGUUUAUUUUAUUCCUCCUGCAGUUUUCUUUAUUUACACUUUACAACUUUUAAUAAGAAACAUUGUGAGUAGUAGGGUAGAAUGGAGGGAUAAAGAACCAGUGUCUUCCAGAGUACCACCCGCCUAGGAUUCUAUGUUGAUGAAAUAAAGAGGACCCUCCAAGAUAUGCCUGUUUUCACACCUCAUUGUAUUUAUCAACUGUCCUUUAUGGUGCCUGUUAGGUAUUCCAUCCUUUUUUUAUGUCCCUGAUCCUGAUGUGAAGCGAGUGCCAGGAAUUUUUUUAGGUGUCAAAAAAUCAGAACAGGAUAGACCUAAACAAAAAAAAAAGACACCAAAAAUCUUUUUUUAGGUGUAAAAGGGAUCCAGGUGUCAAAACUGAAGAGUACAGGCAGGUAGCUUAUUUGGGGUGUAAUGCCAAUGAAAAAUUAUUUUUUAUUGAUUGUAGAAAAAAAGGGGAGGUGUUGGGAGGUCACCACUCUCCCACAUGGCGAUGGGACGAUUGAGGAAGGGACGACUGUCACAGAGGGACGAAAAAGUCACCGCCAUCGCAAGGACCGCAUGCAGGAUCUUUUAGACAUUGGCUAUGGCUAUGAUGAGACUGAUCCCUUUAUUGAUAACUCUGAAGCAUAUGACGAGUUGGUCCCAGCCUCACUUACUACAAAAUAUGGAGGUUUUUAUAUCAACACAGGAACAUUACAGUUUCGACAAGCAUCUGAUUCUGAAAAUGAGGAUUUUCUUGAAAGCAAAAAGCAGACAUCAUCUAAAGUAUCUCAUUUUAAAGAUGAUGAUCGGUCCAUUAAAAAACGCAAGAGAAAAGAUGAUUUAUCAGAAAAGGAAAAGCCAUCACGAAAGUUGAAAGUCCAGAAACCUUUGGGGGCGAUGGCUUUUAAUGGACACAAGCCUGACAAAAAGAAGAAAAAGCUUUACAAAGAUUCUUUAUCCCUUGCUGCUAUGAUUCGGAAAUUUCAGAGAGAGAAAGAUGCAAUGCGGAAAAAUGAACCCAAGCAAAACCAAUUGUCCCAAUCUAUAGCCAAUCCCCCACCCAAGUCCAACCAUGCUCCUAUUGCCAAUGAUUUAUCUGACAUUAUACACGGCAGUGACCCUGUUCUUGCCAUCUUUGGUGGUGGCAGUGAGAGGGAACUUUUACAAGAAGCAGAAAGUGCACUUGAAAUGCUUGGUGACAUUGAUUUUGUUAAACUGUUAGACUCUGCAUCCAAUGACAGUCCUACAGCUUCUGAUUUCGGAGAGAAUGGUAAUUGUAAGCAAUCUGCAAAUCAAUCACAUGCACAAAUACCCAAGCAAAUACCAUCUUAUCCUGAAGGGUUACCAACACAGCUGGAAAAACGUAUUGACAAUCUUCGAGUGGCAGCAAAAAUGUUUGAUGAAGAAGGUAGAAAAAAGUUUUUUACUCAAGAAAUGAACACCAUAUUAUUAGACAUCGAGUUACAGCUGCAGGAGCUGAGUCCAUCCAACAGGAAUGAGGUAUAUGGUUAUAUUGAAGCCUUUGUUCCGUGCACCAAGGAUACACUUAUUAAGCGUCUGAGAAAGCUUCACCUUAACAUACAGUUCCCUGUGCGUGUACCCCACUCUCUCUACUGCCCCGGGAAGGCUGUGUCUACUCGACUCGGAAAGCUGUCUACAUCACAAGAAGAACUACUCUCCACUGAUGAAACCAAGGAUGACCGACUGAAAGAGCCACUACAAAGACUAAAAGUGGCUAUCAGCAAUCUGAUGCCUGAACAGCUCAACAGGUACCAAGAGGACUGCCAGGCACAUCAGGCCAAAAGUACAAAACAUCAAUGUGAUGAUGAGCGUGAUCGAAACCCUUCAGAAGAGGAAGAUGAGGAGAAGCCAGGAAAGAGGGUAAUGGGACCAAGGAAGAAGUUUUACUGGGAUGAAACUCUUAGGAACCUUCUUUGUAACCUAGUGAAGAUUAAACUGGGAUGUUAUGAACUUGAGCCCAAUAAAAGUCAGUCAGCAGAAGAUUAUCUAAAAAACUUCAUGGAAACAGAAGUAAAACCUUUAUGGCCUAAAGGCUGGAUGCAAUCCAGAAUGUUGUUUAAGGAAAGCCGCAGUGUGCAUAAUCACCUCACAUCAGCUCCAUCGAAAAAAAAGGUCAUUGUGGCCCAAAAACCCAAGGUUAAGGAAUCAAGUCCUAAAAAGGAGCAGAAGACUUUGGCAUCAUCGCUUGCUAUUGGUUGUACACCUGUGGAUGCAGCUAUGCUUACUGGUGUUUCUAGCACCUCUAAAACUAUCUGCCUGGAUGAUUCACUGGAUGAAAGCCUUUCUUUUAAAACGCCUUCAUUAGAUUCAAUCUCAGACGCUUUAGCUGUGCUUAACAAUGGAACUACUGCAGCAUCUAGUUCUCACAUAGAAACGCCCACCUCCCGACCUCGGGUUGCCUUGAGAGAGGAAAAACUAGCUUCUAUUAUGAGCAAGUUACCAUUGAGUGGUCCUAAAAAGACUGAUCCUCCUCCGCACACCUCCAGCCUAAUUGCAGGCCAGUCAGCUCCUGUACCAAAGAAGCACCAGAAUCUUGCUCCAGCCCAUUCAGCAGUAGUGUCUGGGCUUAUUGCAGGCUCUUCAAUUCUUCACAAUCCUAAAGUGUCAUUGGAAACUUUGCCUGCUAAGCUGCUUCAACAAGGAAUGCAAAGGUCUUUGCAGUCUGAGGUAUCCUCAUCUUCUGCGCCUGCUAAGGCGAAGGCUUUAUCUGCUUCCCAGGCCAAAUCAGCUGGCUCUUCCACCUCCGCUCCCUUGUCCUCAACUCCAAUAUCUUUAAUAUCUUCAUCACAUGCCCAUGUUUCUUCCUCCUUUUCCCUAGUACAAAAUUAUUCUUCCUUGCAAACUGUUAAGGGCCAGUUAUCCCUUCAACAAAACUAUGUUACACCUUUGCAAGCUACUAUUAGCAAAUCCCAUACUAACUCUGUUGUGCGUUUGACUAGCAACCCCCAGAUAUCUUCCACAGCUCUAGUCAUCAAAACCCCUGAAAAAACAGUUGGUUACCGACCUCCAUCAUCACCAUCAGCAAAUAGCGGUCAACAUACACCAGUAUCUCGAAGUGCUGCCUCUUCUACCUCUACUAACGUUAUGGAAAAAAAUGCACAAGGCACAAAUAUUGCAUUCAAGUCUCCUUAUAGCAUGGUCCCUUUGCCCAAGCUUAUUAUUUCUCCUAGUUCUUCCAGUUCAGGUAAACCCAUCUCUCCAAAUGCUACACAUCAUAAGGUGUCAAGUGGUAUUAACGUUGCAUGUCCUUCUCCUACAGUAAGCCCUAUACCACCUGGAAGGGGUACAGCAGGUAUUCCAGGACUGAUAAACUCAUCUAUAUCUCCAAAAAUCCCCAGUUCCUCACCCAAAUUAGUCACAACUACAAUCAGGCAACAGAGUCCUUCACAAAAUAUGCCUGCUUCAUCUCCUGUCACUUCUACAAUCCCUUCUCCAGUCACUUUUCCAAAGAAUUCUAGUCCAAUAUUGCAAAGUCUGUCUCCAAAAAAAUCUAAUUCAUCUUCUAAGUCUGUUAACCCUACCCAACCUGGACAUAAGAGCACAGUUCUAAGCUCUGCAAUGAAUGUUUCUAUCAGCAGAGCCAGUCAAAAUGCCACUGUUACAAAUAGAACUCAUCUUUCUGGAGCAGCAGGGAGCGGAGCUGUAGGUGCUACAAAACAGCCAAUAUCCCACAGACAGCCAUCUGCCUCAGGGUCUCAAGUUGCAGCAGCUACUGUUCAGUCUGCAGCAUCUCUUCUUGCAAAUACAUCACCGUUGACCCUUAUGACAGCACCAUUAUCAGUAACUAAUCCCAAUGUGACAACAACCUCACUUAGUCCAUUUGGCAUGUUGGGUGGCCUGGUACCUGUUAAUAUGCCAUUCCAGUUUCCUUUGGAGUUGCUUACCUUUGGGAGUGACACUGCUGGUGCAACAUCUCCAUGUUCUACCUCAGCUGCAUUUCAUCAUAAUAUCACUCAGAAUUUACUGAAAGGGUUACAGACAACUGCUACGCACACAGCAACUAUUUCUCACUCCAGCUUGUCAGCUCGUUUGCAACAAGCAUUCACAGAUGGAAGUCAAAGUAAAGGGGAAACAAAACCGCAGCGUAAAAACCCAUGACGUUAAAUGAAUAAAAAGGACAUUUAUUUUAGGUUUUUUUUUUCUGAAUGGCUAUCAGAAAAUACUUUUCUGGCAGAAUGAGCUGCCGUUUGCUAUGUUUACAUUACUCUGAUCUCAAGCACUGUGGAAAGCAGAAUGAAUACUUGAUUGAUGCAAGAAAAUGUGGCGUUAAGUUGGUGCUGCAAAUAACAAAGGAUUUGUUUUAGAGCAACUGAUGAUGAAGAGGAUGAUUCUUUCUGUGACAUGAAAUCACUGGGCUAGAUGACUUGUUAUAUUUAUUUUUGUUGCCUACACCACAACGAACACAAACAUGAAAUGGAACAUUUGCAUUCCAUUCUAUUUUACUGAGGAUUUCAGAACAAGGCUGUUGACCAAUUAUUAUUAACCAAUAAAAUGCAGAAAUUCACUCUCCCCCUACUCCUGGCUGUAGAUUAUGUAUUGGAAUAAGUAAUAACUAACUUUAAUGCAAAUUUCACAUUAUACGUUGUUUUUACACUUGGGGUCUUUUAUAUAAAUGACAUAAUGUUGCUUUUUUAACUCUAGAACACUGUGUAUUUUAAGUCUCUCACAAUUGUUGGCAUGCAGUUCUUAAGAGAAAGUAGCUUAAUAUGAGGAAAAUAAAAGACAGAAUAUAUUGAUGUGUAUUUAAGUGGGUAGCUCGGCUGGAUUAAGACAAAUUAGUAUUUUUUAUAUGCUGGCUACUAACUUGGAACAUUUCUGGAUAAAGUACAGUAUGCAAUAGAAAAGUAUUACAUUAAUAAUAACCUUGUUCUAUAUUUCUGCCAAUACUUCAGUACUUGAAGAUAUUUUCAAUUUGUUACAAUAAAUAUUCCUGCAGUAUUGUU